AACAGGUUUAUGGUAACUAAAGUGAGAAAUGAAAAUGUUUGAUUCUAAUUUAUCUAAGUGUCGUGUAAAAGCGGCAUCGAUUCUCGUUUUAUAUUUUGUAGUAUUGAGUUUUCGCUAUAAGAAUGUUGGUGACGCGAACGCAUGUGAUUUCACCCAUCCAAAAAGUGUCUAAAGCGCACAGCACACUGCGCGUGCGCCAGUCAUGAGCAUGUCAAUGACGCGAACGCAUAAUAUUUCCCUACCAAAAAGUGCCCAACGCGGCAGACGUUUAAGAUCUUUAUUAAGUUCAAUCUAAUUUCUUUUUCAGAUACAUGGAAUGUUUUUAAUAUGCUUGGGAGGAUUUCUGGACUAUACAGCUAACAAAUACGUCAACGAACCAACUAAAAUAAAUUCUGAAUUCAGUGUUUUUUUACGCGUGGCACCAAUACUUAGUAUAUGUUUAGGAAUAUUGCUCCACCUCAAUAUCUUUAUCAAUUUUGUAAUAUCUCAAAAUUAUAAAUUCCAUAUAAUCUUGAACACCUUAAUGAUAAGUGUUAUGUUGACCUUAUACUUGUAUGUUAGUGACAUAUUUAUGGAUAAACUGGCUUUUAAAAUAAGUGAAACGUUGUUUAGUUUGUAUGAUAAGGCAAACUCUGGGGACCAAUCAGCACUUCAUAUGCUUCUUUUGAUUGAAGCUGAUUUUAAAUGUAGAGGAGUCGGCUACUUAACAAGUAAAAAUAAAAUGGUACCAUGCGACACUGUAACUUACAACUUUUUGUAUUACUUCAAUUUUACGAUAAUUGCUGUAUCAUUUAGUGCUUUGGUUAUUAUUAUAUACAAUUCAUACUUAACAUUAUCUUUCAAAAAUCAAAAAUCGAAGUCAUAUUAUAAGGACUAUUCGGAGUGGGCAAUACAUGAAAUUAGAAAACUAAACUCAAAUAUAGACACAAUCACGUGACGGAUUGAAUAGCAACAGGAA